AUGGAGCAAGCAGCUUUGUUUCAAUGGGUAAACUUUGUUGCUUUUUUUUUUACUUAUUUUGUUGGAGUCAUUCUUGAAGUCAUAGGUGAAUUCAUUGCUGUGUGUAAAUUCGUUGCUGUGUGUAAAUUUGUUGCUGUGUGUGAAUUUGUUGCUGUGUGUAAAUUUGUUGCUAUGUGUGAAUUUGUUGCUGUGUGUGAAUUCACUGCUAUGUGUAAAUUCGUUGUUGUGUGUGAAUUCGUUGCUGUGUGUGAAUUCGUUGCUGUGUAUGAAUCCGUUGCUGUGUGUGAAUUUGUUGCUGUGUAUGAAUUCGUUGCU